CUGAUUGCUGUAAAUGAACGGGAACAUUUUUGUUCACCACAUCCACAGGUGCCAAAACUCUUGCACCUCCUGUGCAGUUUAGGCUAAAUUGUGGCUGCAGCUCAUCUGCAUUUUGUCUGCUAUGUGAAAAUGCAGUACAGUGGUCCCUCAAGUUACAAUAUUAAUUGGUUCCAGGAUGACCAUUGUAUGUUGAAACCAUUGUAUGUUGAGACCAUAACUCUAUGGAAACCUGGUAAUUGGUUCUGAAGCCCCAAAAUCUCAUCCAAAAAUAGGAAAAGUGUUUCCCAAUCAGGGUGCCUCCAUCUGUUGCAAAACUACAACUCCCAGCAUGCCUGGGUCCUGUACAGUACACACAGUGUCCCAAAUGGAGCCGCCCUUACUUGGUGUCCAAAGGAGCAGCUAACCCUGGCACAGGGGACCCAUGGAGCAAAGGUUGGCAGAAUUCAGAGCAAGAAAAGCCAAAAUUCAUCCGCAACCUGAUGAAAGCGGUCACAAGGUGGGGGAGACAGAGCAGAGAAGAAAUACAUUUAUAAAGAUGGCAAAAGAGAAAUUCCACAGUGUCUGUAGCAAGUGGAAAACACUGGGACCUGCAGAAACUCCACUAUCUGAUGCCAGGACUGAGGUUUUGCAGACAAUGCCAGUAACUUCAGAGGAAGCAGCGCACUAUGAUGUGGAGCCCACUUCCUCCUCUUCGUGGAAAAACGUCCUUCUACUGAAAUUCCUCCUGUGGCUCGUACUGCUCGGACUUUUUGUGGAACUUGAGUUUGGACUGGCCUAUUUUCUCCUUUCCAUGUUUUAUUGGAUGUAUGAAGGAACUCGUAGGUCUGGUCUAAGGAAGAAAGGAGAGAAGAGCGCCUAUUCUGUCUUUAACCCCGGGUGUGAGGCCAUUCAGGGAACUAUAACCGCAGAGCAGUUUGAGAGAGAACUGCAGUACAGUCCACUGGCCGGGAUUUAGGAUUAGACAGACCUCAAUAAUUGUCCUGACACAGCACAUACAGCAAUGUCGACCAGAGAGCAUCGUGUAAAAGACUUUUCUUCCAACAAUCAAGAAAUCUUGUAAACUGCCAUCCCCCAAUGGUGAAAUGUGUUGGAGCAGUGAUUAAGAAUAGGCAAAGAUAGAGGAUGGUGGUGGGUAAAGAUUCAGUACAAAAUGGAUUUGGUUUGAAUUCAUCAAAAAUUGGAUUUGUUAUAACACAAUCUUUUUGUGAUUUUUUAUUUUUUUUUCCAGAUUAUUUAAAGGUGGUACUCCGGCCCCAAGACAUCUUAUCCCCUAUCCAAAGGAUAGGGGAUAAGGUGUCUGAUCGCAGGGGUCCCGCUGCUGGGGACCCCCGCAA